UAGUGGAACCCCCAAGACUUUACGCCACACCGCUUUUCAUUUGACCGCAAAACAUUGACGACAGAGGAUACGCGGAAAGUAGCCUUUCGAUCUCCUGGAGGAGCAGGCAACGGAGACUCAGCAACAGUUCCGGGUGGAGAUGAUCCGCCAUGGAGUUGAGCACUGUCGGGAAGGGCAUCGGAUUAUUCGAUGCUUUGGAACUAGGGGUAUCUGUGCAAGUCAGGUGAUUUUACAUGGUAAGUGAAAGUCACAUGCCUGCCAGGCGCGUGCACCACCAGGAGACCUCGGAAGUCCACGUACACCUUUCCUGCCUCAAACAGCAGCUUCAACACUGUCGAAUACCCCUUCUAUGCCGAUUGCAGAGGCGUUGGAUGAUCAUCACGCUAUUUACUGCUGUUGUUUUCAAGUGCAAAAGGUCGAUCCACAAAGAGUCGAUCUCUCUGAUGCGGGAAGCUUGGCGGGAACCACUCCUCUGUGCUCUAGGAUUAUGUACUGCCCGUACCCCAGGUCUAUUCAGCAGACGGCGCCCUCUCCCCGCUUCUUCAGUGUAGAUAAACUCUCCCAGCCUCGCUUCCAUAGAGCAUACCAUUUCCAG